GCAGCGAGUGGCACUGGCUGUAGGGAAGGGACAGCCUGGGAACACCGAGUGCACAGCACAGGUACCCCACUAAUGAACCUAGGUGCCACAGCCACCCUGACCUCGAGGAGACACUCUCAGCUGGUGAAGGGACUGGGGAGAACACCUGCCUGGAAGGACCCUGGGACUCCAUCUCCACCUCUGACCUAUGUGGAGGCAUCUUGUGAACAGCAAGGGAGCCAGGAGGGAGGAAGCCGAGGGUGGGGCAGGGUGUGACUCCCUGGUCUUUGUGACUUGGUGUAGUCUGAGUGCUAAGGUUGUCUGUGUGACCCUGACAGGUGCGUGGGAGAUGUGGAGCGGGAACUCAUGACCCUGGCGGGGAUAGCAGGCACUUGAGAGCUAACCCUGAUGCAUGGCCCGCACUGUCAGGAGCCUUAGUCCCCGCCCCCGUCCCCGCCACGGCAUUGGCCAUUCCUCGGACCGCAGCAUGGGACUAGAUCCAGAACCAAAGCUCAGUGUGAGUGCCAGCAACGGUGUCCGGACUCAGUCCGCUCCUCGGGUAUCGACUGCGCACCGCAGCCAUCGGCCUCCCCACACGCGCAGCCGUCUGCAGCCCCUUCUGCCUGUGCGUCCGCGAAGCCCCACACCCCGAGUAGGGCGCCACUCAGGACGCCGCAAGCCAGGCCACCAGCGCCAUCGGUCUGCACAAUGCGCCGCGCAGCCAGGGGCCGUUGCCCGGGGCGACCACAAGACGCCCAGCCGAGAGGCUCGUGGCUCCUGCAGAGCAGCACGCGCUUCAGGGCGGGUCCCAGCAGGGGCUGGGGGCCAAAGGAACCAGCUACUCGAGGCGAGCAUGGAGAAUGGCGAAAGGAAGAAGCCGUCUUCCACUUUGCCCGAUGAAGAUCACAAAGAAGAAAAUAAAUUAAAACAAGGAAUUCCCCAAGAUUUGUCUUCUUCCCCCAAAUUAGACAGAUACAAAAUAGCAAGACAAUUAACAGAAAAAGCCAUCAAGGAAAAGAAGAUUUUCUCCAUCUAUGGACACUACCCUGUCAUCCGAGCCACACUGCGAAGAAAGGGCUGGGUGGAGAAGAAGUUUCAUUUCUUGCCCAAAGUUCUUCAAAAUGUUGAAGGCGAAGAUAAUAAAAAUGCAGAGACCAAAGAAAAUCAAGAAGUACCCUUGGAAAGAUUAGAUGAUAUCCAUGAUGUGAUGUCCAGGUUGGUAAAGAACGAGAUGCCAUACCUCCUCUGGACUAUCAAGAGGGACGUUGUGGACUAUCACAGCCUGACCUGUGACCAGAUGCUGAACCACUAUGGGAAGACAGCAUCGUUUACCACCAAGAUUGGACUGUGUUUGAACAUGAGGAGCCUGCCUUGGUACGUCCAGGCCAACCCCAACACCUUCUUCCCACGUUGCUAUGGCCUCUGCACUGAGAGCGAGAAGCAGGAAUUCUUGGAUGACUUUCGACGCACAGUGGCUUCCAGCAUCCUCAAAUGGGUAGUCAGCCACCAGAAUUACUACUGUAAAAUCAAGGGCAAGAGUAAGAAGGAGGAGGCCAAAAACGAAGAGCCCAGCCCCCAAAAAGAUCCUGAUAAUACUGACCUCAAGUUCCAAGGCCUCUCAGGACAGCUUGUGGACACAGCCUGCAAGGUGUGCCAGGCCUACCUGGGCCAGCUGGAGCAUGAGGACAUCGACGCAUCAGAGACCAGCACUGAUGCCCUGUCUGAGGAAGAGUGGAAUGAUCUGACCAAGCAGUACUACUUACUGGUUCAUGGCAAUGCCUUCAUCCCUGAUUCAAGAAGUUACUUUUCACAGUGCCAGACUCUGUUGAGUAAGAUCAGUUCUGUGAACCCUCAGACAGAGAUCGACGGGAUUCGGAACAUCUGGAUCAUAAAACCUGCAGCAAAGUCCCGAGGUCGAGAUAUUGUGUGCAUGGACCGUGUGGAGAACAUCCUGGAGCUGGUGGCCACAGACAACCAGGCCACGAAGGACAACAAAUGGGUGGUCCAGAAGUACAUCGAGACGCCGAUGCUCAUCUACGACACCAAGUUCGACAUCCGACAGUGGUUCCUGGUCACAGACUGGAAUCCCCUCACCAUCUGGUUCUACAAGGAGAGCUACCUCCGUUUCUCCACACAGCGCUUCUCCCUGGACAAGCUGGACAGCGCCAUCCACCUGUGCAACAACUCCAUUCAGAGGCGCCUCAAGAAUGACAAGGAGCGCAGCCCGCUGCUCCCUGGCCAUAACAUGUGGACCAGCACCCGCUUCCAGGAGUACCUGCAGAAGAGGGGUCGAGGGACGACAUGGGGCACCAUCAUCUAUCCAUCUAUGAAAAAAGCCGUCACCAAUGCCAUGAGGGUGGCUCAGGACCACGUAGAAGCCCGUAAGAACAGCUUCGAGCUCUAUGGGGCCGACUUCAUCCUGGGGCGAGACUUCAAGCCCUGGCUCAUAGAGAUCAACUCCAGCCCCACCAUGCACCCCUCCACUCCCGUCACGGCCCAGCUCUGUGCCCAGGUGCAGGAAGAUACCAUCAAGGUUGUGGUGGACCGCAAACUGGACCGAAACUGUGACAUUGGCAACUUUGAACUUCUGUGGAGGCAGCCCGCCGUGGAGCUGCCGCCGUUCAACGGGUCUGACCUCUGUGUGGAAGGGAUCAGUGUGAAGAAACCCAAGAAGCAAAUGCCCCCCAUCACCAACCUCAGCUUCACAGACUCGUUCUCAGAUACCACGCUCAAAGUGCGCAGCCCCCGGGCUCUACUGGACGCAGCCGUCGGACCCUCCCGAAUGAGCCUUCGGCAGGACUGGAAACGGGAAGAAGCAAAGGCUGGCAUUGCAUCUGCAGGAAAAAGAACGAGACGCGUCCCCUCCACAUCUCUGAGGCUUUGGAGGUCCCUAUAUUCACAGCUACAAAUUCAGCCUCCUCUUCAGUCACCCACUCACAACUUCCAUGUAAGGGGACUGAGUAUGAGAUGGACAAAGGCCGGUGGAGCUAGAUGUUGGGGCAGGAGCUCAGCCUUCACACUCCGGGACCGUGUCAAUCUGUCCAAGCACCCAGGUGGCUCAGGGUUGGAAACAAAACAAAGCAAAAUGUGUAACCGAGUCCGCGUGUGGCCCCCCCCAAAGCCUAACAUAGCGGCUGUCAGCCUUGGUGCGGAUGCUUGCUAUGGUGAGCAAAGCUGGAUGCGACUCAGGUCAGUUUCAGCUCACAGGUCCAGACAGAAGCUGCAGUGUGCCUCCUGGCCAGAGAGUGCCCACAAUGGAGCAUCUCCGAGUUACCCUGAGAGGGGCCUGACCCCCAUGUUGUCAGCAUACCACAGAGGUCGGGUGACAUCUAGGCAUCAUGGCCUCCCUCUCUGUAAGGAACGCAGCAGGAGGCUUGCCUCCGUGGGCCACCGUAUCUUCUUAAACAGAGGCCUCUGCUGAUACCAGGCUGCGCUGCGAGGUGGCAAUCCUGUCCGUGCCAAUGAUAGUCUGAUAGUAGGUCGACCCCUGGGAUGUGAAAGGCAGAUUAGUACCACCUGGACCCAGUGAGAGCCUGUCUUCACCAUGAGCUUCUGCCUGAGUUACCCAGAACGACAUGAGCAGCCAAGAUCUGUUUCCAUCAGCCAUCGCCCCCCUAAUUAACAGUCUUCUUUGGGUUGGUAAAGAUGUAGCAAGGGUGGCGUGAGCGUGUGCCUAAUUGCCGGAGCUACUGGGACCACAUCAUAGUCACUGCCCAUGCCUAGCCCUAAGGUGGUGACGCUUUAAACCUGUCAGGUCCCAAUGGAGCCAGCCCAUCCAGAAUGAAGCCAGACCAAGGCCCUUUGAUCCUGUGCUCUGGGAUAGGCAGAGAGUGAACGCUGUUUCUCUCAAAAGAGUGGCUGCCCACACAGCUUGUCUUGCAUGUUCUUGACUGUGCACUCCUGUUGGCGGAUCCUUCUCCUGGCCAUCGUGAGAACUGACCCCAAAGUGGAGGAAUUGUAGCAGCCCAGUUAUAGAUGACGGGUUGGCUUAUUUGGUGGCUGCCUUUGCAAGUAACAUGGAUGUGUAGGGAACUCAGCCUCAUAGCCUUGGAGUCUAACCAGGGUAUAAUUUUUUUCCUACUGAGUCAGAUGACAGGGAAGCAAACUGAGGGACAGUCUUCAGGUCCCGGAGUCCCCCUCUUUGGAAGUAGCAGCCCUGAACUGUAGACUGACUCCUGAGAUGAGAGAUUUCCAGUGAGGAACUCCUGCUUGCACUCUCAUAGGGAAGCUGCGGCAGAGCCAGGCCCCACAGUUCUGGGCCCAGGAACCCUAGUCCUGCCCACACGAAUCACCCAGCUCUGUACUGCAGUUCUGACUUCUCACGGCCUGGUGGGCUAUGGCAGGGCAGGUGCCCAGAGAAUCCUGAAUCCGCUGCUCCCGGCUCCAACAACUACCUAUAUAGUUUUCAUCCAUGCCAGGCUCAGAGCCCCUCAGCAAGUGUUUUAUUCCUACAGUCAUUUGUCUCAGCCUCUGGCCUGUUUGGCCCAGGCCUAGACCCACCGUGGCCAUAGCCUUACAGCCAGAGUAUAGAGUGACAUCAUCCCUCAGAAAGGGAUUGAUCCACAGACCAAGCCUGUCCACAGCCUGUGUUCAUAGGAUGCUGUUCAAUCCUAAACACCAGCUCACUUCUGCUGAAAGCAACACUGGAGGACUCCCCUCACCAAGGGACCGGUGAUGAGAAUCCCAGACCCUUCAGUCCCACACCAGCAGGACUGGCAUUUGCUUUUCUUAUCCAUAUUUUUCGGCUGCCAGAUACCAACAGAAGACAAGGCCCCUGGGUCACUGAGGCAGACUUUUGUGACUCCACACAGCAGGCAGCUGGGCACACUGGGUCUGUGUCACCCCUAGGGGCGGAGCAUCACUACUUUUCAGUAGCAGUGAGCAGCCUACUUCCUGUCCCUUCUGCCUUGAAAUUGCUUAAGGCCAAUAGGACCUUGGGAAAUGUCCAGGGGAAGAGCGGUCAGUCUGACAUUUGGGGUACCUAGAGGAAUUCUUUUCAUCUAGGAGUGCAAAGGACACCCCCCCAAGACAGUCUCUCCUUACGAGGACAGGCCAUCUGCAUGCAUACACAUCAUGCACACUGCCUACACCUCCUCCCCCAACAUAUAUCAUUUUGUCUUUUCCUGCACUGAGGCAAAUCCCUGUUGGGUGUCUUAGUUUUUCUGUUCAAGCAUUUCUGGUUGCUGCAGCUGUGGCCUCUUGUGGUUGCCUCUUGUAGUGUCAUGUUGCCUCUAUUCUUCUGAAGCCUCAGCUGGAAUUCAGGCUCACAGGGGUCCCUAGGCCCCUCCCAGCCUUCAAGGGGCACAGUUAGCCUGCUGGACAGCAUCAUAGCUUCACUAAUCAACCAUAUUUGGCACCAUUGGACACCGUCAUCACCCAGAUGUUCCUCCUGGGCCAAGGACUGGAUGAACUCUGCUCACCUGGAGCUUGGGCCCCCGAAAAACUAAUGUUCCAGUGAUGACUUCCCAGCCAAGACUGCAAAGGCCCUCAGACACAUGCUCAGUUUCAAGAGCCACUCAGGAAGGCCAGCCAUGAAGCUCUCCACAAGGGCACCUGCGCUCUGCCGGGAUUCAUGGCCAGCUCCCAUAAGGCAGUUUCUGCUGCCAGUCCUCACACUUCCUUCACCAGGAGCCAGACAGAGAGCUGGGCUGCCCAAUUCUCCCAUGGAUGGGACUAGUUUUCUCAACUCCUUCAAGUGUGCCAGGCAAGUUCACAGCAUCCUGCCUCAAAGCCUUGUGGGUCAGCACUAGGGCUCUACACACCUCACCGAGCCCUACUUUUCCUAGAGUUGGGGUUUCCUCACUCCCUACCAUUUCAAAGCCAGUACACAUCUAGGGAUCAAUUUUACACGUGAGCGAUGGGGUUCAGCACCCUACAGGAUCCCUCCUCCUUGAACCGGUGCCAAUCAGGCACGUGUGUCCCUUGAGAACGAACCAAGCCAGUGUGUUUAGACCCUGACAACAAAGUGUCCUGGAAACCAGUGAGUCACCUGGCUUUUCCAGCCAUGGGGUAAGGAAUUGCAUUACACCAGCAGUUACUCCAGACGUAUUUCACAGUUGGAUGGAUUUUUGGAGUUCAAACAACACACCAUUGGGGUUUAAUGACCAGAGUCUUGAGUCUGCAGAUCACUUUGAGAUGGAUGCAUAUCUUUCUGUCCUAUUGUGUUUAAUCGGUUCUUGAUUUCCCCCCCCAGGAAUGUGUUGUGUUUUAAAAAGCAGAGUCCUAGCACACCUUUCAUGAGAUCUUUUCUGAGGCAUUUGGUAGUUUUUGUUGUUGUUUUGGUCUUUGGAGAUGGGGUUUCUCUGUGUAACUACCCCUGGCUAUCCUGGAAACGCACUCUGUAGACCAGGCUAGCAUUGAACUCAGAGAGCCAUCUACCUCUGCCCCCCAAGUGCUGGGAUUAAAGGUGUGUGCCACCUCCACCUGGCAUGGUUUUUAAUGCUUAGGAAAUGCCUUUCUUUUUGUAGUGCACUAUGGAACAAAACUCACAUGGUAAGGACAGGUCUCUGGAGAGCAGGAUGGGUUCUUACACGUCAAGUCUACAUGGCCACAAUCAAGAUAAGGAAUAUUUCUCCCCUAUUCCUCAUGUCUGGGAGAUGGCUACUGUAUGUGUCUUAGCAGCUGCUCCCAAAUAACCACAAAGAAAUGUAGAAUUAGUUAUAAAUGCUCAGGCAAUAGCUCAGGCUGGUUACUAGCUAGCUCUAAUUUUAAUUAAUUUUAAAUUAACCCAUUUUUCUUAUCUACCCUCUGCCACAUGGUUGUGCCUUCUUUCAACAUGGGACAUUCAUCUUGCUUCUCUCUGUAUCUCCCGAGACUUCUCAGACUUCGCCCUCCUUCUUCCCAGCAUUCUCUCUGCCCUGAAAAUCCUGCCUAGCCAUCAGCCAAUCAGCUUUUUAUUAACAAUGAGAGCAAUACGUAUUUUCAGUGUACAAAGAUUGUUCCACGGCAGGCUACCAUUUGCCUUAAGUCAUCAUAGAUGGUUUUUGACUGACCCUCACUUCUAAAGGGAGGAGUCUCACAGCCAAACAUGGCUGUGUCUAGCCUCAAGCUAAUGUGUAGUGGGACAUCUCCCUUCCCAGUCCCAUGCUCAUCUUCACAGCUGAGCAGACUUGGUUCCAGUGAGUCGAUUUGAAGUUUUUCUAGCCUGCUAGUGAUGGGUCUAUGCUGCUCUGACCAUCCCUCUAGGACUCUUCCUGUGACCUAUACAUUCACUUCUCUUAGUCAGGUGCUCAGGGUCACAAAUAAGGCUUGUAUUUCACUUUUAAAUUUUUUUUAUUUAUUAUGUAUACAAUGUUCUGCUGGCUUGCCAGAAGAGGGCGCCAGAUCUCAUUACAGAUGGUUGUGGGCCACCAUGUGGUUGCUGGGAAUUGAACUUAGGACCUCUGGAAGAGCAGCUGGGGCUCUUACCCUCUGAGCCAUCUCUCCAGCCCUGUAUUUCACUUUUGUAGAAACCCAGUUUCCACAAAGUGGCUGCAACAUUUUACACCUGCAGCCCUGAGCAUUGUGGGAUAUGAUGGGUUCUGUCCUCCGAUAGAUAUGUGUUGGUAUUUCAUUGUGGUGUUUCCUGAUGUGUUGGUGAAUUUGUAUCCCCAUCACCAAAUUCCUGACAUGAACAGCUCAAAGGAAGGAAUCAUUGAGUUUAGCUCAGGGCUUCACAGGCAUCGGUCCAUCAUGGCAGAGACACCAUGUCUUGGAGCGGAACCACUCACUUCGUGGUAGACAGGAAACAGAAUAUAACCAUAGCAGGAAGGGCAGGGCCAAGCUGGAGCCUCUGAGGACAAGCUUCCAUUGGCCUGCGUCUUCCAGCUAAGCACCACCUUCCAUGGUUGCACCUCCCAGUAUAAUCUAACUUGAACUCUGGGCUGUGAUACAUCUCAGUGUAUUGCAUCAUACCUACCACUGCAUAAACCAAGAGCAUGGUGGCACCCGCCUCUAGUCCUAGUACUGGAGUUCGAAGCCAGCCUGGAAUAUGUGAGACCUUGUCUCAAAAAAAAAAAAAAAAAAUAGCUUUUGACUCCAGAAAUAGGAUUGGCACACUUGUCAGAUCAGAGUCCUCAUGUCUACCGUCUCUGGAAUCCCAUUGCAAACACGUCAGAGGUGUGCUUCACUGCUCUCCUAGGUGGCUCUUAAUCCUGUCAAGGUGACAGUCAAUAACCGUCACCCUGGAUGGCUAACCAUGUUCAGUGUGCCUCUCUCUGUGAGGUGCUUCACUAAGGCUUUUCUCCAUUUUUUAAGUUAGGUCUUGUGCCUCUUGGCUUUAUCUGUCUAGUUUUUCCACAUCCUGUAUGUUUACUUGGCAGCUACGUGUGCUGGCAACUGCCUUCCCAGUCCGUGGCUUGUCUUUCCCCCUCCUUAGUACUGUCUAUCCCUCCUUCCUCCCUCCCUCCCUCCCUCCCUCC